AUGGAUCCUGCUUCAAACAAUAGCAUCAUUGACCAAUUAGUUUCAGAUGGUGAAAAACAACAACUAAUUCCCAGUAACAGCAACAAUCCCGAUGGGAAUCUCCUAAAUCCUGAUGGGAAUCUUUUAAAUCUGGACAUUGCACAUACAAAAAAAUCCACAAAAUUCCUCAUGGAUCUGUCUGUCAAUAAUGAAAACACCACUUCAACUUCUAAAUCAAAUGAUACUACUGCUGAUACUACAUCUAAAUUUAAAUCAAAUGAUAUUUUUGAGGCAGCAAACAAAAGUGCCAAACAUGAUUUACAAUCUUUAGCUUCUUCCUUAACCAAACGUUUUAGUAACAAGUCAACAGAUCCGUUUUCAUCUUCAAUGAAAACCUCGAUGACAGACACAGACUUAAGGAAAUAUAUUUUCGUUCACAGUCGGGGAAAGCAGUUGAUGUCGGGAUUGAGAAUUCAUUCUUUCAGUAAAAAAUCUUUCAUCAGUAGUUUCAGUGUUGGCCUAGCCGUCGGUUGUCUAGUGGCUAUCAUCUUUAAACUUCUCUUCGAAGUGGCCAUCUCCACUUACACUAAUCACUAUGGUGGGGACAUCUCGACCGUAAAGCACUCUCAUCAUAAGCAUCAUCGUAACCAUUGA